AUUCCAGCGUCUAGCGUGUGGGACAUUACGUCGUGUGUCGGGUUAUUGGUUAGUUUUAAUAAAUUUUUUCAUAAAGACUGUGCGUUAAUAAUUUUUGAUAACUAGUACAUUUAAUUUGUACAUUGUACAUUGUACACGUAUUACGGAUUAAAGUGGUCAUAAAAAGAAACGGAGGUGAGUAAAUUAUUUUAUAUGACUAGUAGGUAUCAAUACAAUUUGUGAUUGUAUUUACUCAUACAUAUUCAAUCAAAAUGUCUUAUUAUCAUCGUUUUGUAGAAUUAAAUGCAUUCGAAUAAAUGUACUCAAAACUAUAUACUAGUAAAACUACUAUGUUAAAAUAUUUUCAAAUAUAAUUUGUAUUAUGUAAUAAUUAUGGUUCAGGACUUCUUGCAUUUGCAUUUUUUUCGUAGCUGUCGUAAAUUAUGUUAGGUAAGCUGUAAAUUUAUUUUUAUGGAAUGCCAAAAUUAAAUACAAAGUUUGAAUUAGCAUAUUAUCGCAUAUUUUAUCAUAUUUUAAGAAAAGUACUUAUUAGAGUAAUUUUUACUAUAUUUGUGUAUAUUUCGUAUGUUUUUAAUUUGUAUGUAACUAAUAUUGUCGGUUAAAUCAUAUUUGGAUAACAUUAAAAUAUAUUUAUUUUCGAUUAAAUUACUUUGGGGUAGGUAGGUCGUAGACUCGUAUUUGCAUGUCUCUACAAGUCUCUUUAUCCUUGUCAAUUAUAAAACACUAAAUUACCUCCCUAAGAACAUAUAAUAUUUUUCGAAAUUUCUUUUUGUAUAAUUUGAGAUACUUAAAUUUUACAUGUGGUUAAUCUAACCUUCCCUUAUAUUUGGUGGUAAAAGUUAAACCACUAAGUACCUAUUGAAUUUUGAUUUUUAAAUUGUAACCAGUAGUUUAAAAAUUUGACAAAGAUAUGUUUUAAUUAUUAAAGAUUUUGAUGUUGAUUUGAUUUAAUGUUUAGUUACUUAACUAUAUGAAUUUUAAAAGUUACCUACGCCUUUAUUGAAGAAAAAAAAAAAUUAAUAAAUAUUAAAUGUCUUCAGAAUAUAAUUUAGAUACCUACUUAAUAUUAUGAUUAUAAAUAUUUCUAACAGGUUAUUUUAAAACAAAAUUGUUUAUAAACUAAGAGCCCAUUCUCACCAACGUAAAAAUAGAGUGUUUAUCUGAUUCUUAAACUGAGUUUAUGGCUGAUAACUGACCAUGAUUGGUCGAUUAUCUUAUAAACUCUGUUAAACUCAACAUUUACGUUGGUGAGAAGGGGCCUUAGUGAAAUCUACUAUCUCAUACAAUUUCAAACACUCUGUAGGUUAUAUUAUUAUAAUUAAUUUUAAUAACGCACAUAUUUUACAGUUCAGCCAUGUACGGAACUUCUACCAACUUUGCCAUCAACAAAUUGAAUGCAACUACGAGGUUUCUACAGUUACCUCAGCCAGAAAAUAAAGUACAAGUCACAUAUGUGUGGAUUGAUGGAACUGGUCAAGAACUUAGAGCUAAAUCCCGUACAUUAGACUUUGUACCGACUAAAGUUGAAGGUAUGUAUCGUGUGUACACAUCCUAUUUGAUAUAGUUAGAAAUAUACAAUACUCUAGUACAAAAAAUAUCAACACAUUUCUAAUAUACUUACUGAUGUGAAUUAUUCUAAAAUUAUUGUAAAUGUAUAUAAAAAAACUAUUAAAAUAAUUAUUUCCUCAGUUACCUAUUUCUAACUAGGUCAAUCUGUUGAAACCAAAGUUAAAAUUUUUAUUUAAAGCUUAGGCUUUCCACAUGUGGCUAAAAUGAAAGAAAAUAAUCAAUUCCUCUAAAUAUUAUUUUCUGAAUAUAAAUUUAAUAAUAAAUAGAUAAAAAGUAAAUUGAUAGGUAAUUAUGAAAAAAAAAGGUAUGAUACCAAUACAUAAUAACUUUCAAGCAUGAAAUGAAUAAAACAAGUUCUGUUUUAUUUUAUUCAUUUAUUUAUUUAUUUGUGGGGAAAAAAACCUUUAUUUUCAAAAUCUUAAGCAUAAAUACAACAGUAGUAGGUAUAAAGUGAACUAUAAAUAUGUGUAUAACAGGAUAAGAAUAAUUUAUAUAAAAUACAAAAAGUAAUAUGAAUUAUAAUAAUAAUAAUAAUAAUUACAAUUAAUAUAAUAAAACAUAGUAUAUAAUUUGGUUACAUAAUAAGAUUAAAUCAAAUUACAAAUUUGUGAUUUCCAUUCCUAUGACUUGAAAUGUUGAUAGAAACCUUAUAUUUCUCUUUUAUAGACAUGGUAAAAUUUUAAAUUUUCUAUUUAAGUCACUUUUAAGUUAUUAGACAUUUUAAUUUUGCAAAUAUUUUAUUUUGUAGGUUCUCUGUAGAUACAAUUGAUAGACCAAACAGAAAUGCUUGAUAAUUUAACAGGAGGUUCAUUAUAAGUUUUACUUAGUGGUCAACAAGAAAAAGUUGAGUUUAAAGUAAUCAUUUUUUUUUUUUUUUUUUUUAUAAGAACUUUAACGCCAAAAUUUGAUGAAAAUCGUAAAUAUUACAACCUUUUAUACAUGUAUAACCAGAAUCGUUUUUGUUAACAAAAAUUAAUCAUUGCGUACAGACAUACAUUCAAUUUCCCUCUAUAUUCUACCUUCUCAACUUCUCACCUAUAAAAAUAGUCCACCUAUUGUGCGAAAUAUGUCCAUCUUUUUUCCAUGUUUUCUACUAUAUUCAUCAUAAUAAAAGUUCAAAUUCAUUAUAUAUACAAUAAAUUAUGUAUGAUAAGGUCUUCAUGCAACUAAGUAUAAUAAAGGUGAAUAUAUAAGGUGGACCAGCUAGGCAAAAAUAAUGACUCAUAUAUUUAUUACACCAGCUAUUUCCAUCACUCGAGUGCGCUGUUAAUAAUAUAAAAACCAAGCGAUUUAACUUGAUUUUGCCUUUUUAAACAUUAUUAUUAUUUGUAUUUAUCUUUAUUUGACACAUUACAAUGUGCCUCUACAUUAUAUUAAUAAAUAACAAAUAACAAAAAACUCUUAAAUUGUUAAUUUUUUAGUAUUAGGUACAUUGAUAAUAUGUUAAGAGUAAAAAUACUAAAAUUAAAAAACUCCUACCUAAAGUCAUGUUAUUAUAAAAGAACAAAUAUGCAAAAAUUAUAUUUUAUUUUAAAAAUAAUCACUUAUUAGUAAAAAAUAAAUAAGUUGAUAUUUUUUUAAUCGCAUUCAGCAUUAUUUUUAUCAUCAAUAUCUUUAUUUUUUCAUUUCAUAUUUUUUGCAAAAAUUAUUCUAGUUGUCAGGUAAAACUUGGUAAUAUGUUUAGAAAGCUGAAGUGAAAAAUGGGAAAAUGUACAAAAUGUAGGUAUUAGUAAAAAUAUAUUACAGCCCUUUUUUUUCCUGUGAACAAUUUUACUCCAAUUUUCAAUUAUAUUUUUAAUUAAUUUUAAGACCAUUAAGGUCAUUUUUUGAUUUUCCUAGCUAUUAUCAUAAUAAAUUGGAAAAACUGGGGGAAACGGGAAAAUAGGUACAAUAUUAAGGAAAAUAUAUAAUGCAUAAAUAUUUAUUUUACCAUAAUAUGACAUAAAUAUUGCUGACAAAACCACAUUAAAAUCUAACUCUGUACAGAAUCAUUUUUCAUUAGCAAUGGUUAAACAUUGCGUACAGAUAAACAUUGAAAUUCUCUUCUACUACUUUCCCAAUUUUUUAUCUACAACAAUGGCCUACCCACAUGCGAAGUAUGUUCGUAUUUUUAUUUCUGACAUCACAACCUGGAAUAAAACAUUUGUUGUUUUUACUAAUUUUAAGUAUCAAUUAGCUAGGUAAAAUAUAAUAAUUUUUGUUUGAAUAAAUAAUAAUAAUUUAUAGUAUUUUGUCAACAGCUAUUAAUAAUUACAAAUUUUCACUAUUUUUAGUAGGUACCUAUUAUAAUACUCAGUUGAUGUGAUAAAAAUGAAAAAAAAAAACAACUACUAUUGUUAUUGUUAUCAUUGUAAAAAUUAUAUUCAAAGAAUAAAAUAAUGGUAUUUUUCGGUUAUCCUACUCACUUUGUCGGCUGGUACAGUAUGAAUGUACCAAAAUAAUACCUUAAUAUGUUGUGUCUAUUUUACAAAAUAUAAUUUUUUUUUUUUUUUAAUUAUAUAUUAAGAAAGCAUACAAGAAUUGGCCUAUCUAGAAGAUUCCUGAUUUGUCCAUGGGCCAAUCCACCCUGUAUUAUGGGUGGAAUAUAAGUAUCUACUUAAAAAUUGUUUACUUUUUUUUGCAAUUUGUAUAGACACUUAAAAUGGUACCUAUAUUAAUUACUAUUUAAAUUGUAAAAUACAAUGUGUUCUUCUAAGAAAUAAAUUUUGAUUGGUAGGUCAUAUUUAUAAUUAGUAAAUAAAUCAAAGUCAAAAUUAAUCGUGCUAUCUAUAAUUUAAUUCUAACAACUUAAAGUAAGUAACUUAUUUGUUUAAAAAAAUAUUUAUAUCUAAUAUUCCAUUGCAGAUCUCCCAGUGUGGAAUUAUGAUGGAAGCUCCACAUACCAAUCCCAAGGGGAAAAUUCUGAUGUAUUUUUACAUCCAGUAGCAAUUUUUAAUGAUCCAUUCAGAUUAAUGCCCAACAAACUAGUCAUGUGUGAAACAUACAAACAUGACCGCACUCCAACUGGUAAAAUAUUAAAAAUUAUGUUAACAGUAGACUUAAAAUAUUUUUUAAAUAUACAUUUAUAUAGAAUCAAAUUAUCGUAAAGUUGCGGAGGAAGUAAUGAUAAGAGCUGCAGACCAAAAACCGUGGUUUGGGAUCGAACAAGAAUACUCCUUGUUGGACACUGAUGGUAUACCAUUUGGAUGGCCAAAGGAAGGAUUGCCGAGUCCUCAGGUAUAUUUAAAUAUUUGCUCUUCAAUUGUGUGUUAAAGUGGAUAUAAAAUAUUAUUUUCUAAUAUAUCCAUUAUAUUAUUGUAGGGACCUUACUAUUGUGGUGUUGGCUCUGAUAAAGCCUAUGGACGUCCAAUUGUUGAGGCUCAUUAUCGCGCGUGUUUGUAUGCUGGAAUCAAUAUAUCUGGAGAGAACGCAGAAGUUAUGCCAUCCCAGGUAUAUUCAUGAGUGUAAAAUAUUCUUUUAUCCAAUCUGUAUUAAAAAAGUGGUGUUGCCAGUUAAAAAUCAAAAGUUUACUCUUUUAAGUGUAGCUUAAAUAAUUAUUUUUCAUUAAUGAUUGAAAAAAAAAACAAAUUUAAUUUAUCUUAAAUCCUUGAAUCAUGCCUACUUUUUUAUAAACUCCAAUCAGGUUAUAUUACCAUUAUACUGAUACAUAAUUUCAUGGAUAUAAUUUUCUAUUCUCACAGUUAUCUGUUGUUUUUGUGUUUCAUUUGAGCUAAAUAUUUUGAUCUAAUUAUCAGUUUGUAUAUUUUAAAAAACUUCCUGAAAUUGAAAAAUAUUUAAAUAUGAAGAAUAGAACAUAUUAUUGAGUUUCAAAUUAAACGAUUCACAAGCAUUAGUGGUACACAUUAAACUAUUGAAAAACUCAGCCAAUUUUUUGUACUGUAUUUAUUUUUAAGAAAGCUAUAAAAAUCAUUUAAUUGUUGAUUACAGUAAGUUCCCGUUACAACGAUCAUCAAGGGACUGAUUUUUUUUUCAUUAUAACUAAAAUUUCGAAUAAAAAAAAUUUAAAAACAUUAUGUUAUUCAAAUACAAAUAAAUAAUUCAAAUGAAAAUAAUUUGCGAAAAUAACUUUAUUACAGAUAAUCCACAAUUUUUUUUUUGAACAAGGUUUGCUGUUUUAAUAAAAAGUAAAUAAUUUUGUAAGUGGUGAAUGUUUGUAAAUAUGAAGUCCAGUACAUCACUUUGUAAUGAAAUGAAUGUUCGCAUAACUUCCAAACUUGGUAAGGCUUCUGAUGAAGUGACAUUGCGCACAUCGUCUUCCAUCACAGCUUCUUCAUGUUCACUACUUUCAUCGUUGGCCUCAUUUUUGCUGUCUUAAAUGGAUUAAAUGAUAUCUACUUCAGUUAGUUCAUAACAUGUUGAAAUGUUGUCAUCUGCACUGAGAUAAUCUUCUAAAUUUACAUCGUCAAGAAGCCAGGUUUUCUUUUUUGCAGUGAUCCAAAUUUGCUCUAACCCAGAUUGUUGGGUUGACAUGUUUCCAAUAGUUAGUUAUCGUUGAUUGACUAAUAUCAUUCCAAGCUCCGCAUAUCCAUUGAUAGCUUCCUUCACAUUGCAUUUUCUUUGGAUAUUUUUCUCCAAAUCUCAUAAAAUUUGAUGUAACAAAAAAGUUCUGAAGCGUGAUUUUACAGAUCUGAUAAUACCUUGGUCAAGAGGUUUAGGUACAACUGUGCAGUUAGGUGGGAAAUAUUCCACGCGAAUGUUAUCCAAUUUUGGUGGUUCAUUAUGUGAAGCACAGUUAUCGAUAAGUAGAAUAAUUUUUCUGUUUUUCUUUUUCAUUUCUUUGAUCGAAAUCUAUCAACCAAUCAGUAAAAAUUAUUUGUGUCAUCCAUGCUUUCUUGUUAAAUUUAUAGAUACAUUGCAAUGAUUUACAGUUUUUAAAACAACAAGGUUUUGCGGAUUUGCCGAUGAUGAAUUUUUCUCCAUUCCUGAUUUGUUACGACAGAACAGAGCAGUGAUGUGUUGUUUGGAAGCUUUACCCCCUACACACUUGUCUCCUUUCUGGGCUAAUGUCUGUUAUGGUUCAAGCUAAAAAAACACUAUAGCUUCAUCGGCAUUAAGGACAUCAUUCAGGCUGUAUUUAUUGAUGAGUGUUGCAACUUCUCCAUUUCGCCGUUCGUUAACAGAAUUCACUGGUAUGUCACUCGCCUCUCCAGAAAUGCAUUUGGUCGCCACACAAUACCGCUCACGAAAAUGAUUUAACCAUCCGACACUUUCUUGGAAAUUCUCAACUUCGAGUAUUUUAGCAAAUUCUAAGAAUUUUUCUCGAAUUAAAGGACCAGUCAGAUGAACGAACAUCUUGAAACCAUUUGAAUACCGCUGUAUCAACAUCUUCAAAUUGUGCCUUACACAUCCUUUUUCUGCUCAGGACAAAAACAAAAGUCUGUAGUUGUUUCAAGAUGCUUUCUCUGUCCUUUAAAAUGGUUGACAAUGUUGAUGGAAAUAUGCCAUAAUUUUUUGCACCUCGCCUUUCUUCAAUCUUUUGUCUACUUCAGAAAUUAUGUUUUUCUUCUCUUCCAACGGAAAUUUCUUUCUUUUCAUUGUAAGACCCAUCACAUACAUAUGUACAAUAAAGAACAAGCAUAAAAUAUGAAAAAUGACUUACAUGUGAGCUUUAUGAAAAUAUACACCCGAGUGAUUAUGUCGCGUUAUCAAUUGAUGCGGAAUAACACAGUCACACAUAAUGGCAAUUUAAUGACUAUAAUUUCAUUACAUUGUGUGCUUGUUAUCUUUAGAUUAAAUUUUAAGAAUGGAAAAUAUAUUUUAACCUGUACAAAUAGUUUGUUGUAACAGGAACUUACUGUAUUUGGUUUUAUAGUCUUAUGAAAUCUUCAGAAAAACAUGUUUGAACUUUCUCAGAUUUUAAAGUGAUAAUUUAAAUAAAAAAACAAUUUUCAAAAUUGUCCAAUUUCUGAUAUCUUUUUAAAAAUUGUAUUUAGACCAAAUGAUUGAAUUUUUCUCUACAUAGUUUGGCCCAAGCGAAAAUGAUAGUCUUUACAAACUACUUUGGGAAAAAUAUCUGAAAUUGUCAAGUAUAUUACUUGUUCGAAAUCAGUGUAAAUUAUAUGAGGUGUAAAAGUCAAAUUCAAAUCAAUAAUUUUUUCUAAUGCAGAAAAUGUAUCUUUAUAAAUGUGUAUAGUUUUUUCAGUAAACUAAAAUAAUACUAGUGGUGUAUAAUUUCCAUUUUAAGCUCCAUGAAUAAUGAACGAUUGGUAAAAUGAUAUGGGUCAACUUUCAAAUAUACCAUCAAUAUAUGAUACAUCACUUUCAGUUAAAUAUUUCAAGUUAGUUUGGGUUGGAGAUGAUAAAAUAAUUUUUUCUGAAUUUUAAUUAAGAAACAUAUUUCAUCUUGCUAAUAACUACGUAUACAAAUAAACAAAUUUGAUCUAUAAUGAUUAUAAAUAUAAACAACUACAUUACACUCAACUUAACCUACCUACUUUUGAUUUUCAAAUAUAAUUCUAUAAUAAAAAUUCAAUAAAUAUUUGGGGUAUUAGUUAUAUACAUUUUAAAUUUCUGUUAACUCAACACAUUCCACUUUGAAUUAUUGUUAAUGGAUAGUGGAGCAUCAUUUGUGUGGUAGCUCAGAAGUAUUUUAGUAGUAAUCUUUUAAUAACUUCUCAAUCCUUGUUUUGCGUUUAUCCAUUUUAUAUUAUUAUUGUUAAAUUUUUUUUUUUUUUUUUAUAAUAACCUGAAGUUUUAAAUGAUCACGAACAAAAUUAAUUUUUUGGAAAAACAGGUGAAUUCAUUAUUUAUGAUAAAAAAAAAUCCUAUACAACAAAAAAUUGUAGACAGCUAACUGUGGAUUUUGUAAAAACAAUUUUAGAUUUUGAGCUAAGUGAGUUUUAUACUGAGUACAGAAAUUCUACGAGAAAUCUUUUUUUUAAGUAUCAAGUGUAACACCUUUAAUAGAAAGGAAAUAUUCCGGGGGUGGUACUUUGAUUUUCUCAGGGGUUUUCAUAAUAAAUGAAAAAAAACUUAUGAAAACUGGGAAAAUUUACCAAAAUAAUGUUUUUAUUAUUUUCAAUUCAGUUUUUUUGUUGUAAUUCAAUUUAAAAUCUUUAUAAAAACUUGACAUUUUUACAGAAAACAAUAAUAUAAAUGAAACUUAUUAUUUAUCCUUUCUAGACUGGUAAAUGUUUAAAACACUUGAACCAUUUUUUGAGCUAAUUAUAGAUAUUUUAUUUUUUAAAGUUCUUAUGUAAUUUUUAUUAGGUAGGUAUUAUAUAGGUGCAUUAAUUUGUUAGACAAAACAGAAAUGUUUAAAACAAGAGGUUCAUUAUAAGUUUUUCUUAGUGGUCAACAAAAAAAAGUUGAGUUCAAUGUAGUAAGAAUUCAUGAGAAUUUGUAUCUUAAAUUUUGAUGAAAAUUGUAAAUAUUACGACUUUCAAAACAUGUAUAACCAAACUCUUCUCAGAAUCGUUUUUAACUGAUGAUUAAUCAUUGCUAAUGAAAAAUAUAUCAAGUUCCCAUCUAUAUCUAACCUUCUGACUUCUUACCUACAAUAGUGUUGCCACUUAUUUUGCGAAAUAUGUUGGUCUUUUUUGAUUAUUAAUUAAAAACAUACAACAAAUUAAAAAUAGAGAAAUCAUAACACAAAACUCUAAUAAUUAUUAUUAUACAAUUAUUAAACAGAAUAAAAAUUAUACUAUUAUAUUAUUUAUAUAAUAUUAUUAUUAUAUUAUAUAUUAAAUUUUAUUAGUGGGAAUUUCAAGUUGGACCAUGUAAAGGUAUUAGUAUUGGUGAUCAUUUGUGGAUGGCUCGGUUCUUGUUGCAUCGCGUUGCUGAAGAAUUUGGUAUUUUAGUAACAUUUGACCCUAAACCAGUACCCGGCAAUUGGAAUGGUGCUGGUGCCCACUGUAAUUUUUCCACUGAAGCUAUGAGAAAAGACAAUGAUGGAAUACUGUAUGUUUUGAUAUUAUUAAAUUCAAGGUUUUUAAGAUAUUUUAAUUUAAAUGAUUUUACUAUUUCUAUAGUGAAAUUGAAAAGGCAAUCAGCAAAUUGUCCAAAAAACACAAGAGACAUAUCAUGGUUUAUGAUACUAAUGAAGGCAUGGAUAACAAAAGGCGUUUGACUGGAAAACACGAGACUUCAUCCUUGGAUAAUUUCUCUUCUGGUAAGUCCUUCGCCUUUAUCCUAUAGAAAUAUGGUCUACAGUUAGUCUAAGUACCUAUUAUGAAAAUUAUAGAAAAAAAUAUUUUGGAGGGAACCUCAUUGAAUUUCUGUAUUCUAAAUAUACAGCUCAAUAUAAAAUCAAAAAAACCUUUUUUUUUUCUUUUUCAAAUAACCAUACAUUUUUUAAUAAUUUAUAAUUAAAAAAAUACCUAUAAGACUCCCUAUAAAUUCAAUAUUAUGUAAUUUUACUCUAAAAUUAAUAUAAAGCUAGUUUUACUUAGUCUGUGUAAGCAUUAUUUUUACAUGUUACCUGAAAUUGGACUGAGGCAGUAAAUGUUGGUUUGGUGUCUUCUGAAACAUUUUCAUAUCCAAAUAUAAAUGUAAAAUAACUAUUUAUUUUUUUUUUUUUUAAAUAGGAGUAGCUAACCGUGGUGCUAGUAUUCGUAUUCCCCGUCAUUGUGUUGAUGAACGGAAGGGUUACUUAGAAGACCGUAGACCAGCAUCAAAUUGUGACCCUUACAGAGUAGCUGAAGUUAUGGUACGAACUGUAUGCUUGGACGAAUAAUAUGUAGAUUAAAAAUGUAUCACUAAACUAUUAAAAAAAAAAAAAAACUAUAAUACGGUAAUAUAUUCAUAUAUAAUUUCUUUUAUUUGGUAAAGCUUGGAUCAUUUAAGUACAUUUUAAUUUUUAAAUACAGUUAUUUUGUAAAUUAACUAAAUAUUAUUGUUUGAAUUUUUUUCGGAAUAAAAUACUUUUAAC